AUGGAAAACUAUAAAUAGUAUCUCUUUGAUGAAAAGAUUCAAGAACCACCACAACCUCGUAACACUUAUUCUUUCUAAGUUUAAGAAAAUUAAGAAGAAUAAUAAAAAAUUGUUGAAUCUAAUUUUGAUGAUGAAUAUAAAAAAGACUUUCUUCAAAAUCAAAUUAAUAACAUCAGAGAAAAAUUAAUCAUGAUGGGAUUUCCUAGUCUAGGUGAUUUGUAUAGCAAUUCUAAUUCAGAAAUAGAUCUUACUGUCAAAGUGUAUGAAAAUUAUUAUUAACUUUAAUUUAGAUUAGUUGAAGUAAUUAAAUAAAGAAGAGAAGACAUGGAUUUUAAAAACACUUAUCUUGAAAAAAUUAAUAAAAUAGAGGCUGAAAAAUUACAAUUAUCUUUAAAUUUUGAAAAAAUAUCAACAAGUAAAAAAAUUCUUGAAUAAGAAAAUACUACUUUAUUAGCUAAAAUUAAGAGUACUGAAAAAGUUUAGAAAGAAUAAAUGUAUUCUUAUUAUAAUCUAAAUUAGUAAUAAAUUAAUGUUAGAGAGAGAAGAUCUAUAAAAAUAGUUAUCUAAAUUAUAAAGUAGAUCAAGUUAAUUUGAACAUGAAUUAAAGUAAAGAGAUUUAGAUAUUUAAAAACUUAAAGAACAUUUAAAAAAACAAUAGAAUUCAAAAUCUUAUAAAAAUUGUUUAGAAGUGACAUAACCUAUUGAAUAAGAAGGUCCUAGUGUUUUUGCAUCUAAUGGAGAAUAUGAAUUUAGUCAAUUAGUUAUGAAAAAAUGGGAAGAAGUCAACAAUAAACUUCUAAAAGAAAAUGAGUAACUAAGAGAAAAUUUAGUUAAGAUACAUAAUGAAUUAGGAGAAAUUCUAUAAAUUAGAAGAAACGUUUACAUUAAAAGAAAAAAAAUAGAUUUUGGAAAUGAAAGUAUUCCAUAAGAAUUAGAAAAUCCUUAAUAAAAUAUGCAUUAAUUUAAAAGUGAUUUAUAUAAGGCUCCUUUAGAAACUAAUGGCAAAUAAGCUAUUUAAAUGUUAUAAGAGAAUCUUUAAACAUUUAAAGAAGUUAUGAAAAAGUUUGAUUAAUAAUAUGAACUAUAAUUGAAUGAAGAUGAAAUUGAAAUAGAAGCUGAUGGUGGCAAAAUUAAAGCUUGUAAAAAUUUGACAGAAUUAUUCAAGAAUUAUAACUAUAUUUUUGAAGCUUAGGAUAAAAUGAUAAGUUAAAUUAUUAAUAAAAGCUAAAAUUUAAAAAAAAUAGACGAAUUAAACUUUAAUUUAAAUAGAUUUAAUAAGGUUUUAGAUGAUAAACAGAUUGAAGAAGUUAAAAAAUAUUUAUAAGAUUAAAAGAAAAAUCUUGAUGAAUCAAAAAAUGAAAUUGAUUUAAUAAAAAAAUAAUUUUAACAACAAUUGAAAAAAAGAGAAGAAGAAAAAUAAAUCAUAUAAGUAUUUAAUUAUUUAAAUUAAUAGAUGAAAAGAAAGAUGUUAGAAGAAACGAAUGAUAAAUUUAAAGAAAAUAUCAGAAUGUUAGAAAAUGCUAGUAGAUAAGCAUUACAAUAACUUAAUCAAGAAAAUUAUUGA